AUGUCAAUUGUUGAACUUAAAUUUCCUCAAUUCAAGUUAGAAGGAGAGAAUAUCAAUGAUAUAUUGAUUAAUGCAAGAAGUAGAACAAUUGCAUGGGGUGCUUGUGCAAAGGCCAACUACUUAAGUGCGAGCGAAGCUGAAUGCUUCAAGAAAGUUUCAGACUAUGGUGAUGUGAAAGGUCGUGUUGCAUUGAUUCUCAAAAAUCCAGACGUUUAUGCCAAAAAUAUAGCAUCCUUGCUUACCAAGGACACACAAAGUGAUAUCAUCCGCUUUGUGCUCGUCAGCAUGAUCGACACUUUGGUUUUGAAGGGAACAGAAUUUGCAAAAAGUGUUUUAGCACUUUCACACCUGGAUACCUCUCUUCCAUAUGAACCAUUGGUGAAACUACUAGGAUCCAAAGAUGAAGGCAUUAGACUUUGUGCUGCUUAUGUUUUGACUUUAUUGUUAACAGACGAGGCAGCUGCUAAACAGGGUAACGAAAAGCAUAUCGGUCCAUUGUACGGCUAUAUUGCUUCCAAGCUUUUAAGUUCUGGAAGUAUGGACUAUAAAUUCGCCGGAGUUCAGUUGUUGAAGGAGCUUCUACAGGUUAAAGAAUAUAGAGAAAUUUAUUGGAGCCAACAAAAGAUUUUAUUCCCACCGUUAUUUAAGAUUUUAGUGGAGAGAGAAGGUGAGCUACAGAUGAAAUACUACACAGCGCUUUCCGUUUGGCUUCUUACAUUCAUUGAGCAGGCCGUUAUUGACUUGAAUGAGGAUUAUCCAAGCAUCAUAGAGGUUUUGUACUCCAUAUCGAAGGAUGCGGUCAAGGAGAAAAUUGUUAGACUUGCAAUCGAUUCGUUGUUGAAUCUUUUGAAUUUGUCAGAUCCUGUGAAGAAAGAACAAGUCGUGAAGCAUUAUCUUCUUGCUUCUGGGUUAGAGAUCACAAAGCAGCUAUUAGAGAGAAAAUGGGCUGAUAGUGAGUUAAAGGAUGAUUUAAACACAAUGCUUGAGAUUCUUAACGAAGCAGUCACUACAUUGACCACUUUUGAUGAGUAUACUAACGAGUUGAACACGAAGACAUUCGUGUGGUCUCCAUCCCAUAAGUCUGAAGAAUUCUGGUAUGAGAAUAUUGAUGAAUUCAAGAAGAAUGACUGGAAAUUACUCAAGCACAUUGUUGCAUUGCUUUCCGAAAAGACGGAUGACUUGAAGAGAUUAUACCAAAAUCAAACGAUCGUGUGCUCCGAUAUUGGACAAAUGAUCAAGCAGGCUCCAGAAACGGCUAGGGCUCUCGAUAAAAUUGGAGGUAAGGCAAUAAUCAUGAAUUUAAUGAAUUCUCCAAACUCUAAUGUGAAAUACGAGGCAUUGAGGACCACACAGCAGCUUGUUGCUCUAUCUCUUUAG